UGUAUGGUGUGUUAGCAGUUAUUCAAUCGCGUGCAUGUUUGGUUGCAAAUCCCUGUAUCGAAUGCCCGGCAAUUUCUCAUAAUUGAGUUAAAUUUGCAUUGGUGUUUCCUUUUGGAUGCUAGUACGGUGGAAAUAGAUGAAAAUUUACUUCCCCGUCUCGCUUGCUUUAAAUCUGCAGCGUACCGGAAGCUAAGAAAACACAUCCGAAAAAAUGUUUUCGUCCAAUGCCGUAUCCUCACUAUUGCGUCAGUGUACCAUAUCGUGGAGCAACACCAUCGUACCGGUGCGUUCGAAAAACUAUCUCAACCGUCCCCGGCUCCGGAAUCCCGUGUGGUUCGUGAAGAAGACACGCACGCUACACAAUGAACAAUUCACCACGGAUAAUACAGCCUUCCUGAAUGAGGUAAAGCGGGAAACGAUACUGGCAGCUUCCCAGCGUAAUCAAGCCACUUUGCUAAAUCUAGCGGCUGGUGAACAAAAUGGUCAGCUAGCCCAGUGGAGCCCGGGCUUAAAGCGUACCGGUGUGAUUGCGAAAAAGAUUGGACAAUAUCCGCUAUGGACGAAGGAUGGACAGAAAAUACGUACCACACUGUUGCAGAUAAUCGACAACGAGGUGGUGAAGUACAUCCCGCCGGAAGAGUAUCGACCGGCACAGGAACCACGUCAAAGCCGUAACUGGCGCAAACCGUACGGUUGUCUGUUGGUUGGCGCGGAACACGGUGAUCCUUCGCUCUUUACCAAGGAGUACGCUGGGCUAUUCCAGGACUCGGGCGUACUGCCAAAGAAACACCUAUGCCGGUUUAUCAUCUCACCGGAAGCCCAGCUACCGGCCGGUACCGCACUCACCGUCAGUCACUUCCGCGUCGGCGAUUAUGUGGACGUGCGAGGCCUUACCGUGGACCGGGGAUUUCAGGGCGUGGUGAAACGGCACGGUUUCAAGGGUAUGCCAAAGUCGCACGGUGUCACGAAGACGCACCGCCGACCGGGCAACAUCGGUGCCGGCGGUAAUAAGGCACGCGUUUGGCCCGGUACACGUCUGCCCGGCCAUAUGGGCAACCGGUGGCGUGUGUUGCGCGGUCUGCAAAUUCUACGCAUCAACCCGCAGUACAACGUAAUGUGGGUGAUGGGCAGCAACAUUGCCGGCAACACGAACGGGAUCGUGUACAUCUACGAUACGAUACUUCCGCUGCGAAAGCCCGGCUCGAAAGACGGACCAGCCGGCCCACCACCGUUCCCGACCGCGCUCGAACCCUUGCCGGCGAACAGCGGUGACGUUUGGCUGGAGGAUCUGCACGAUUUCCGAAAGCUUUCGAUCACGUACAGCGCAGGUAGUGAAUAGAUCGGUGUACCGCCUGUAGAAUAAUGUUAAAAUGAAAUAAAAAUAAAAUAUUACCUACAAUGCCA